AUGCGUGGCCGAGCCGGGGAGCCCGGGCGCCCCGCGGAACCGGCCUCGGUGCCUCCCAGCCGGAGAUCUGGGGGAGUGUUUGGUUGGAGCGGGGAGUUUCAGAGAGGAGGAGGGGCCCUCAGAGACCUGGAGGACCGUGUCCCCAGCCUCUCCUGCACACAACUGCCAGGAGGGUUUGAUGCCAUCGUACGACACCCGCUGGAGAACAGGGCAGCCCUGCCUCACCCACCCCCACCCCCAUCACAGUCUGCAGCUUCAUCUCACCAUCCCAACACGCUUCACUGCUGGGACCCGCACCCCAACACAGCUCCUUGCCGCGCCCUCCCAUUCAUCCUCAUGGUCCUCAGAAAGCAGCCCGGUGGCCAGCUUCCCCAGUGCUGGCCCUCCCCUGGGCGCGGCGGCUCGCGGCCUCUGUCUCCCGCGCAGUCCAGGGUCACGGUGAAGCCCGGCCUGCGGACCCUGAGCUGCCUCAGGCUGCUGUGGACCUUGGGCGGGUUCCGUAGCUUCCCGCUGCCUCCUUCUCCUCACCUGUAUGAUGACAUCACCCACCUCCCAGUGCGCUUUGUAGGGAUUAAAUGA